GGCAGGGAGGAGGGUGGAAGGGUUGGAAGAGCCGCAGCUAUAGACACAGAGACAAAGACUUUUGACUUUUAAACAACUUUUUUUGCCGCCAGCAGCAACAGCACUGGAGGCGAUUUCGAUAGAGACACAGAGACAGAGACACAGAGAGACAGAGACACAGAGACAGACAGAGAGAGAGACAGAGACACAGAGAGACAGAGAUACACAGACAGAGAGAGACAGAGACACAGAGAGACAAAGGCGGAGAGGAGAGAGGCGGAGAGCUCUCGUGAUGGCCUCGCACGCCAGGUCGACGUUCGCCAUCAAGCGAGAAAACGACGAAGAUCACCCGAGCCUCGGGAUGGGGCCGGGCGCGAAGGUCAAACACGAAGACGCCGACGCUGCUGGCGCAGUCGUGAAGCAGGAGGACGAGGGGAGCCUGAUCCCCGAGAUCCUGAGGAUCGUGGUGAAAACGGAAGUCGAGGAUGAUGGCGCAGUCGUGAAGCAGGAGGGCGAGGGGAGCCUGAGCCCCGAGAUCCUGAGGAUCGUGCUGAAAACGGAAGUGGAGGAUGACUCCGCAGACGCAAUCGAGAGGCCGGAUGAGACGGAGGAAUCUCACGGACGUCUCUUCACCGCAGACCAGAACUUCAUCGAGGUGGAGCUGUCGGAGGAGGAUGUCGGUGAGCGAACGGAACUCCUGUGCGAGGAGUGCGAGGCGGGCGGACGACGCUUGUGGACGGGGGCGGACGACGCCGGACGAGCGGCCGCCACGCCGGGAGCCUCCUGCGCGCGGUGCGGCAAGCCGCUGGAAGCCACGGCGCCGUCGUGCGCGGCAGUCGCCGGCGACCGGCGGAGGCACGCAUGCGCCGAUUGCGGGAGGGAGUUUGCGCAGCGCUCCCAAUUAGUAGUGCACGCGAGGAGGCACACGGGUGAGAGGCCGUACGCGUGCGAGGAGUGCGGCAAGGGCUUCGCCUACCGCGCCACCCUGAACGCGCACGCGAGGAGGCACACGGGUGAGAGGCCGCACGCGUGCGGCGAGUGUGGCAAGGCGUUCUCUCAGCGUUCCGCGUUGGAGGCGCACACGAGGACACACACGGGCGAGAGGCCGCACGCGUGCGAGGAGUGCGGCAAGGCUUUUUCGCAGCGUUCCGCGCUGGAGGCGCACACGAGGACGCACACGGGCGAGAAGCCGUACGGGUGUGGCGAGUGCGGUAAGGCGUUCUCUCAGCGCUUCGCCCUGGAGGAGCACACGAGGACGCACACGGGAGAGAGGCCGUACGCGUGCGAGCAGUGCGGCAAGGCCUUCGCCUACCGCGCCACCCUGAACGCGCACGCGAGGACCCACACGGGCGAAAGGCCGCACGCGUGUGGCGAGUGCGACAAGACGUUCUCGCAGCGCUCCGCCCUGGAGGUGCACACGAGGAUGCACACGGGCGAGAGACCGUACGCUUGCGAGGAGUGCGGAAAGGCGUUCUCGCAGCGCUCCUCCCUGGAGGCGCACACGAGGACGCACACCGGCGAGUGGCCGCACGUGUGCGCCGAGUGCGGCCGGGGCUUCUCGCAUUCCGCCCAACUGGAGAGGCACGCGAGGACGCACACGGGCGAGAAGCCGUACGUGUGCGAGGAGUGCGGCAAGGGGUUUGCACAGAGCGGUCAGCUGAACAGGCACUCAAAGACACACGCGCUCAAGUGAAAACCUCGCGUGUCCCGAAUGUGUUUUUUUUUUAUGCCUCCCAUUUGAAAACCAGUGGUUUUGUCGCCUACCGUAUAUACAGGGUGCUUCAAAAAAUGUUUUAACACUUUUGUGGAACUAUCGUUUUGAAUGGAAAAAGAACGGAUAAUACACCGUAACAUGAUAACAAAUGUAAUGUUAAUCAUUGUCAAGUCAUGCCUGUAAUCUUCUCCAGAUGGUCUCCAGAGCCCAGAGGGGCACAUUUCUUGUAGUAUUGUUGCAAAUUUUCAGAAAUGUCAUCACUUUUUUUGAAGCACCCUGUAUAUAUUUAUUUUGUUUCACCGCAAACUCUUAUACUGCACAGUGUAACAUCUUAGUAGUAGUAGUAGGCAUUCGUGACCAAUAUUAUCCAUGUUAUAGGUAUUUUUUUGGUUUAGUUGCCAAUUCGUUUGUCACGUAAACAAAACGAAACAAUUUGUGACUAGUACAGCACUAACCGGUUGUGUGUUAUAGAGUAAACCCACUACAACGUUUAGAAUUCGAGUACCGUGACAUCCAGUCUCGUCAGGCGACAGCCAGAGUUGUGGAGAAAUCCUGCUCCUGUUUCGGUUUUAAGGUCACCGGGAGCGAGAACUUAAGGGGUCUAUACAGGCUGGGCCAUAAGUAACGACCUUGAUUUGUUUAGCCUAUGGCUUGUGAAAAAGUGAAAUAAAAACACGAAUUCUAAAUGAUGGAACUUUUAUGAAUUCAUGGAGAUUCGAUUUCAUUCCUCAUGAACACCCCAGAGCCUGCAAAUGUUGUUUGUUGAUUAAGCCGCCAUGGGGAAAAUGACCUUCUUCUGACAUCAUUAAAUUUGUGACUAAAAUCAGCCGUCUUGGUCUGCAAGUUCACCGCGAGCUUUGGUGGUCUCUGGGCUGCAAUUCUUGCACCGGCUGAAUCUUCCACGGGAAAAAAAGAGACCCUUUACCCACAA